AUGAGCAACGUAGAAAUAAUUGGCUCUACAAAUCUUAUAAUUCUUCUAGAGGAUGAAGUCUUUGCUGAUUUUUUCAACACAUUUCUCUCCCUCCCGGUAUUUGGUCAAACACCAUUUUAUACUGUUGAAAAUUCAGAGUGGAGCUUAUGGCCAGAACUACCUUAUAACUUGGUUGCAAAGUACAAAGGAUUAUUGACCUGGUUGGAAAAAUUCCGGUUACCUUUCUUCUGUAAAACCAACUUGUGUUUCCAUUACAUUCUCUGUCAGGAAUUCAUCAGUUUCAUUAAGUCCACAGAAGGAGGUGAAGAGCUGGUAGAUUUCUGGAUCCUUGCUGAGAAGAUCCUGAGCAUAGAUGAGAUGGACCUGAACAUGAGAGACCACUACUUGUCCCUCCUCCUCGUGCUGAAGGCCACCCACCUGCAGGAGGGCUCCCGGGUGGUGACACUCUGCAACAUGAAUAUUAAGUCCCUCCUGAAAUUGCCCAUCUGGCAUCCCAACCAGUCAACCACCAGGAGAGAAAUUCUGAGUCACAUGCAGAAAGUGGCUCUGUUCAAACUCCAGAGCUAUUGGCUCCCCAACUUUUACACCCAUGCUAAGAUGAUCAUGGCCAAGGAAGAAUCAUGCCAGGGACUGAUGCAAGAGUAUGAAACUGGCCUGUUCAGUGUUUGCCACACCCAUGAUGGAGGGAUCCCACUGAACAUGAGCAUAAAGAAAUGCCAACACCCUCAGAAACACUACUCGAGCAGGAAGACCAAGAAAAAAAUGAAGCAACUGAUUGACCACAAUUCUUGGUCCCUGGAAAUGGAUCUCAAGUCAAACACCACCAUUUGGCCGCCCCAGGAGGCAUGUCCUCAAGAGAUGAUGAGCCCUCAGAUGCCUUCCUUGAAGGUAACCUCUUCAAAGGAGAGAAAAAAUAGCUCUCAAGAAAAAGAUAGACCCGGUGCAAGGAAGUCCAACGUAAAGAAAGUCAAGAGUAACAUCCAAUUGGAGGGCGUCUUUGAGGACAACUUCUCUGCCCACUUGAGGACGGUCACCCCCAUCAUCAAUCACACCACCCCAGUAACAUUCAAGAGGGCCAAAAAGCAAAAAUUUUCCUUGGGGUACACCCACUGGGCCUUGUGUGCUGAUACCUGUGCCGGGAGUCCCUUCCGACACCACCUGAAGAAGCAGGACUUGAAAGUGGAGAUCCAGCUCCUGGACCUCUGGCAGGACUUGCACCAUUUCCUCAGUGUCCUAAUGAGGAACAGGAAGACCGGGAAUGCUGUCUUUCGCCACAUGUUAGGUAACAGAAUCUGUGAGCUGUACCUGAAUGAGCAGAUUUGCCCGCCGCUGCCCCUCAAGUCUCGAACCAUUCAAGGUUUGAAGGAGCUGCUUCCUUCUGGGGAUGUAAACCCCUGGAUCCCCAGAGCCCAGAAGGAGAUCUGUAAGAUGCUCCACCGCUGGUACGAUGAAUUCCUGGAUGAAGAGGAUUACUGGUUUCUCAAUUUUACAACUCAGACCAAUUUCAUCAAAACCAAGUGGUAUGGAAAAGAAUGUAUAAGAAAGGAAGAGAUCAUUCUUCUUUAUAAGAGAUUUGAGGAAUCUCUGGAGUUAAGCCAGGGUUUGGCUGACAUGGAAGGAAUGGAUUCUAUGCAGUGGCAAAAGGUAGCUACUGAAGAUUUGAGGCAAGGUGGGUCUCUCCAGGUAGAACUGAAGUCUCCAGUGUUUCUAGUAGAUAUAGAGAAAAUGUCCUUUGAGGAGCUUUGCUAUAAGUAUCCAAAGUUGGCCAUAGAGAAGAUCAGCAAUGACUACAAAAUAUAUUGUGAAAAAGCACCUAAAGUGGAUUUUUCAGUGGAAAUUAUCAAAGAACCAAGGAUAAUUUCACUCUCAUCUAGGAAACUAUCCUUUGGCAAAAGGGGUGAAAUAAAGAAGCCCUCGUCAAGACCUGGAAACAUGGAAGAAAUUUUCACAAAUACAAACCACUUGGAGUUCUUCAGGGAGUUUCUCAGAGAACGGAAGGAAGAAACUCCACUGCUAUUCCUGAUAGCCAUGCACAGGAUCAGUACAGAGAAAAACGAAAAGGCUCACAAGUCUCUCCUUGAAAGUAUAAUCAGGACUUUCUUCCAUAGCAAAGUUCCUCCUGAAGAAAUGCUGCAAUGCAAUAUCCCUUUUGUCAAAGAAAUUGCUCAAAUGCGAAGCAUCAGCAUAACCACAUUGUUUAUGCUCCAGAACUAUGUCAUGAAAUCUCUGGAAGAAAGGUGGUUUAAAGAAUACCAAGACUUAUUCCCACCUCAGCCUCCAGAGGUACAACAUGAAAUAAAACUUCCACUGAAGAAACCCUCAAAGAUGGUAGUGUCUCACCUCCAUAAAUCCCAGAAAAAAUGGUGGCUGAAAUUGAUCAGCUUCAUCCGGAGCUUUUGCAAAUACCGCAAAUUUAUGUCUGAUCCCAGUAAGCGCCAGGAAUUAGAAGACUAUCUUCGUUUCGAAGUAUACAAUAACAAGGAAAAUUACCCCAGCUCACCAAACGUCUCAGGACGUCAGACUACAGUUUCCACAAAUAUCCGUGCUUCAGAGUACGAGAAUGGCGAAAUAACCCUUGUGAAGCGCCGAAUUUUUGGCCAUAAAAUUAUCAUUGUCAACUUUUUAAUCAAUGAUAUAUAUUUCUUUUCAGAAAUGGAGAAAUUUAACAAUUUGGUGAGUUCAGCACAUGUGCUGCAAGUCAACCGGGCAUACAAUGAGAAUGAUUUGAUCCUAAUGAAGUCCAAAAUUAACAUCAUCAUAAAGCUCUACCUGAAUUCUGAGCUCCCUCCAAAACUGAGGGUGAACAUCUCUGAGUCCCAGAAGGAUGCCAUCCUUGCUGCCAUUGCAGAAGGCCACCUAAGUCGGAACAUCUUCUACGGGACUAUCAUGUAUCUCUUCCCUGUCAUUAUGCACUUCUGGAAAAGGUUUUGUUCCUGGAAGGCAAUCCGCUCUUACUUCCAGUACAAGGGGAAGAAAUUAAAGGAGAGAAAAGGUUUUCCUAAACCCGUGUACAAGUACCCUCCUUUGAGCGGAGGAGACAACCCCAUUUUAAGAUUCACCUUGCUCAGAGGGGUUGAGUGGUUUCGGCCUCAACACCGGGAAGUAAUAGCAGUCCAAAAUUCUUCAUCAAGCAACAUGACCCUGACAAGAAAUGGACUCUGCACCAUGCAGUUGUAUCCUGCGCUGGGACGAAAGGUAUCCAGUAUCAAAAAGGAAAAGUAA